AUGUCAACUCAUUUCCCAUCGCUCAAACGGGCACAGACGGAUUUUCCUGCGCAGUCCACCAGCCCAUUACGACAAGACUCUACAGCGUCCACCAACUCUUCCGCAUAUUCCGUCGCAUCAAGCUCGUUUGCUCCCAGUCGAACCAGUACGGUGUCUUCUAAUGGGUCAAUACACAACAAUCUGGGUCACUUCCGAGGGAAGAGUGAAGCAAGCAGUAUAAACUCAGCAACGACCGUCAAGGACACAAUGGAGCGGGGGAAUAAACCAAAUGCUGGGACGACAUACGACAGCAUUCGCCGAUCGCUGCGCCCGUUACAGCAAGUACCCAACGGUACAUCCCCUGCAUCGAAUGUUGGGGGAUACCGACAUUCGCGAAGCUACACGAUCGAUGACUCCCAGCCGUGGAAGGAUUAUCGACCCAGUACCCCCGAAUCGCGUCUUCAAGAAAAUCAGUCCCCGCGCCGCAGACUAUCGACUUAUGAGCCUCAGAGCCCUCCAUCCAUCUCCCCUCAUCACUGGUCCCCCGUUCCCGGAACAUCGCGUCCAUCGUCCCCACAAAAGACCACGCCCCACAGCCCUCAUCCACCACAGCUGACUACUGCGCUAACAGCGCCAGAACUUGAAACGUUUCAAAAAUCUUCAACUGGUCACCUGAGAACACUCUCGAAGUUUGCACAGUCGGGAGAGACCGAUGAGUUCAAAUUUGGUGCACCGUCAGGUUCUGUGAUUGGUCUACAAGGCCGGCGACGUUUGAAGCGUGCAGAUUCAGUAGCUGGAAGAAAGGGCGCGGUAUCGCCUGAAAAGCCAAAGGUGUCCUCAUGGGCGGCUGGAAAUUGGAUGGACCAACAGCGACAAUUCAUCCAAGCAUACGAGUAUCUGUGCCAUAUCGGAGAAGCCAAACAAUGGAUCGAAGAUGUCAUUCAAAAGCAAAUCCCGCCAAUUGUUCAACUGGAGGAAGGGCUACGAGACGGUGUCACUCUGGCGGAGGUGGUGCAAGCGAUGUAUUCAGGGAAAACCCUUCGCAUUUUCCGAAACCCCAAGUUACAAUAUCGUCACUCAGACAAUAUCGCUUUGUUCUUCAGAUUCCUUGACGAGGUUGAGCUGCCAGAACUUUUCCGAUUCGAACUCAUCGACUUGUACGAAAAGAAAAACCUUCCAAAGGUGAUACACUGUAUUCACGCACUAUCAUGGUUGCUCUUCAAGAACGGCAUGUUGGAUUUCCGUAUGGGUAACUUGGUCGGUCAACUUGAGUUCGAACACCAUGAACUUGAGAAAACCCAAAAAGGAUUGGAUAAAUCUGGUGUCAGCAUGCCUAGCUUCGCAGGUAUGGCCGCGAACUUUGGUGCGGAGCCUGAGCCCGAACCUGAACCUGUCGAGUCCGAAGAAGAUCGGGUCGAUCGGGAGCUGCACGAAAGCGAGAGCGGCAUCUGUGAGUUCCAAUCCCAGAUCAGAGGAGCUAUGCUACGUUUGCAGCUCGGAAACACGAUGAAUGAUCUCUGGAACUUUGAGCCUCUCCUGGUUGAGUUGCAGUCACGCCUGCGCGGAGAUUGGGCACGUCAGAUCAGUCAAUACCGCUUGACCAUGCUCCAAUUUUCUGUCGGGCUACAGGCAAUCAGCAGAGGAUUCCUUGUACGCCGCCGACAACAAGGUGACAAGCAGUCGAGAAAGGCUCAAGAAAAUGACAUUCUGCAAUUCCAGAGCCUUAUUCGGGGCUCCAAGGCACGCGCCCAAACCAAUCGUCUGCAAUCUCACGCGCGAAGAGAAGAAUCUGGCAUUAAGCAGAUCCAAGCGGCUAUAAGGGGUGCAAUGCAACGUAUGAAUGUUGCCGACCAAUAUGAGCAGUACCAGGAAUCAGGAAACGAAGUGACUUCACUCCAAGCUGUGAUUCGCGGUGCCUUGCAGCGCAAACAAAUGGAAGUCCAGACUCACGAAAUCAGCGAAGCUGGAACUUCUAUUCGGUCACUCCAAGCAGCCAUUCGCGGUUCCCUACAACGAACUCGAAUGGGCGCUCAAUCUCAAGAAGUUGAUCAAGCUAGUACCGCCGUCAAGUCAAUCCAAGCAGCUAUUCGCGGUUCUCUACAAAGAAGCCGGAUGAAUUCUCAGGCAAAUGAAGUCAAGCAAAUCGAAACUCCCGUCAAGUCACUUCAAUCGGUCAUUCGAGGAUCAAUCGCCCGCCAGAACUGGUCAGAGAUGAAGGUUUUGCUCAGCAAGCAAGCCUCUCAAAUUACCACGAUUCAAUCAAACAUCCGGGCUCUGAUUGCUAGAGAUCGCCAGACCCAGCUGUUGCACGCGCUGGAAGAAACCGAGGAUGAGUGCACCGUACUGCAAGCCAUUGUGCGAGCUGCCGCUGUGAGGAAGAGCACAUCAGCCAUCUAUGCCGAGCUUGCAGAACAUGUGUCACCAGUGGUCGAUCUCCAAGGAAUUCUGCGUGGACAGGCUAUGAGAAAAUCAUUGGAUGUGCAGAGAACCGCGCUAUUCAACGAAGAGUCUUCUAUCUUGGAUUUGCAAUCCCGAUCCCGUGGUCUCUUGCACAGAAGUCAUCUACUGGCAGAGCGAGCAGAAUUAGAGCAGGAACAGCAUGCAAUCGUUGACCUCCAGGCUCUUGCUCGUGCUGCUGUUUCUCGAAUGAAGGUGGGGGAUAUACUGUCAGCACUCGAGGACCACGAGGAGGAGGCUAUUCAGCUUCAAUCUUUCGCUCGGGCAAUGAUUGCACGACUUGAAGUUGGCGACAUGUUGACCGACCUUGAGGCGGAGGAGGAUGUCAUCACCGACUUUCAGGCAUGCAUUAGAGGAGUCAUAGUCCGCAAUCGCUUUGAAGAAAGACGCCAACAUUAUAAUGAAAAUAUGGAGAAGGUCAUCAAGGCUCAGAGUGUCAUCCGAGGCCGCAUUCAAGGCCAAGCCUACAAGAGCCUAACAAGUGGAAAGAACCCACCUGUUGGAACAGUGAAGGGAUUCGUCCAUCUUCUCAACGACAGUGACUUUGAUUUCGACGAAGAGAUCGAGUUCGAGCGUCUGCGCAAGGUGGUUGUUCAGCAAGUGCGACAGAAUGAGCUUGCUGAGCAAUACAUCAGUCAGCUUGACAUCAAAAUCGCUCUCCUCGUCAAGAACAAGAUUACACUGGACGAAGUUGUCAAGCAUCAAAAGCAUUUCGGUGGCCACAUUGGCAACCUGUUGUCCAACACCGAGAUCUCCUCCAAGGAUCCUUAUGAUCUUAAGGCCCUGAACAAGACCUCAAGGAGAAAGCUGGACCAAUAUCAGGUAUUCUUCUUCCUCCUUCAAACCCAAUCACAGUACCUGGCUCGCUUGUUCCGCCGAUUGCGCGAGGUCAAUACCUCAGACAAAGAAUACGAGAGGAUCAGGCACUUGAUGAUGGGACUCUUCGGAUACUCCCAGAAACGCCGCGAGGAGUAUUACCUCAUCAAGCUCCUGGCACGGUCUGUCAAGGAGGACAUUGAAAGCUUCACAUCCCUUCCUGAGUAUUUGCGCUGCACUUCCUUCUGGAACAAGCUCUUCGCCUCAUAUGCCAAGUCACCACGCGACCGAAAGUUCAUGCGCGAUGUGUUGGGAACUGUUGUGAAGGAGUCCGUGAUUGAAAACCCAGAUCUUGACUUGGAGAGUGAUCCGAUUCAAAUCUACCGUUCUGCGAUCAACAACGAGGAGCUCCAAACCGGCCAACGGAGCCGUCGGCAACCCGAUCUUCCUAGAGAAGAAGCAAUCAGAGACCCUGAAACCAGAGACACAUUCAUUCAACACUUGCAAGAUCUUCGUGACAUUGUUGACCAAUUCUUUUUGGGACUGGAGGACUUUUUGUACCGGAUGCCAUUUGGUAUCAGGUAUCUCGCACAGCAGAUGUAUCAAAAUCUCCUCCAAAAGUUCUCCGGCGAAGAUCAAGGUUUCAUUCUCCAGACUGUUGGCCACUGGGUAUGGAAAAAUUACUUCCAGCCUGCUGUCCUCGAGCCAGAGAAAUAUGGCGUUGUCGACCGGGGCUUGACCCAAGAACAAAAACGCAACCUCGGAGAAAUCGCGAAGGUUCUCGCCCAAAUAGCCUCUGGAAGGCUGUUUGGUGCCGAGAAUGUCUAUCUCCAACCGCUCAACACCUACAUUGCAGAGUCAAUCCAGCGGUUAGGGCGUAUCUGGGGUCAGAUGAUUUCAGUUCAAGAUGCAGAGACCUACUUUGAUAUUGAUGAAUUCAAUGAUCUUUAUGCCAAGGCCAAACCCACACUUUACAUUAAGAUGUCGGACAUCUUCUCCAUUCAUCAACUUGUUGCUUCGGAGAUCAACUACAUGUGUCCCCACCCGGAUGACUUUUUGAAAGAGCUUGUUCGAGAGCUGGGCAAUGUCAAGACCAACGAGAACGAAUUGAUGGGUGUCAGCUCAACCGAGAUCAAUCUUACGCUGAACCCCAAACUGGCCCAGAUGGAAGACCCCGAAGCAGAAGUGAAAACACUGUUCAUGGAGACCAAGCGCUGCAUACUUUACAUUAUUCGUGUUCAGACCGGUGCCAAUUUGAUGGAAGUCAUGCUUAAGCCACCAACGACCGAAGACGAGGAGCGUUGGCAUGAUUUGGUCCGUGAAGAAUUGAAUACCGGCAACACACGCCGAGGUGCCUAUUCCGAAGCCAACAGCUUGAUUGACAUUAGUGCCAUGGGCUAUGCAGAGCUGAAGGGCAUUGCACUUGAAAAUAUCCUUCGACUCGAGCAAAGCGGUAGAAUCAAUCGUCACAACCACUACCAAGACCUGUUGAACGCCAUUGCCAUUGAUAUCCGCACCAAGCACCGUCGGAGAAUCCAACGCGAACGGGAACUGGAAGGUGCUCGAUUGACCUCCCAGCGUCUCAGCGAUCAGGCUGUUUACCUUGAUCAACAGCUCAAGACGUACAAUGACUACAUUGAGCAGGCUAUGAUCACGUUGCAAAACAAGAAGGGAAAGAAGCGAUUCCUGAUGCCUUUCACCAAGCAAUGGGAUCACCAGCGUGAGCUUCACAAAUCGGGGAAGAUAUUCAAAUUUGGAUCCUUUAAAUACUCCGCACGCACGAUGGCCGAUCGAGGCGUUCUUGUUGCCUGGAAGGGCUACGCCGAGCGGCAAUGGGAUCGGGUCGACUUGACCAUCUCCAGUAAUGAAGUCGGUGUCUUCACCAUCGACGGAAGUACCGGAAACAUGAUGAUUCCCGGCGCUAAUGCACAGGUACCGCUGGACGACUUGCUGCAGGCUCAGUUCAACAACACACAAUUCAUGGACUUCUUUGACGGACAGAUGCGGGUCAACGUGAAUCUCUUUUUACACUUGAUCAUGAAGAAGUUCUAUAAUGAGUGA